GAGAGGAGCCCUCCAACGGGCUAUCACAGCCUCAGAGUUCACGAGGCAGCCAAGGAAGAGGAGGCUCGAGGCCCAGGGUGGGCAUCAGCCAGCCAUGGCCACAGCCAAGACCGCCUUGCCCUCCAUCAGCACACUGACCGCCCUGGGCCCCUUCCCGGACACACAGGAUGACUUCCUCAAGGAGUGCCCAGCCUGCGAUGUCCCUGGGCAGGGCACCCCAGUGUCCACCGAACCUCAAGCUGCCUGCUCCCUCCCGCAGUGGUGGCGCUCCGAAGAGACGCAGGACAUGGGCCCGGGUCCUCCUGACCCCACGGAGCCGCCCCUCCACGUGAAGUCUGAGGACCAGCCCGGGGAGGAGGAGGACAAUGAGAGGAGCGCAGACGCCACCUGGGACCUGGAUCUCUUCCUCACCAACUUCUCGGGCCCGGAGCAGGGUGACGCGCCCCAGACCUGCGCUCUGGCGCCCAGCGAGGCCCCCGGGGUGCAAUACCCGCCACCCCCCGAGACUCUGGGCGCCUAUGCGGGCAGCCCGGGGAUGGUGGCUGGGCUCUUGGGUUCGGAGGAUCACUCGGGUUGGGUGCGCCCUGCCCUGCGAGCCCCGGCUCCUGACGCCUUCGUGGGCCCAGCCCUAGCUCCAGCCCCGGCCCCCGAGCCCAAGGCGAUGGCGCUGCAACCGCUGUACCCCGGGCCCAGCGCCGGCUCUUCAGGCGGCUACUUCCAGCGCACCGGGCUUUCAGUGCCUGCGGCGUCGGGCGCCCCCUAUGGGCUGCUGUCCGGAUACCCCGCGGUGUACCCGGCGCCUCAGUACCAAGGGCACUUCCAGCUCUUCCGCGGGCUCCAGGGACCCGCGCCCGGUCCCGCCACGUCCCCCUCCUUCCUGAGUUGCCUGGGACCCGGGACGGUGGACACUGGACUCGGGGGAACUGCAGGGGAUCCUGGUGUGAUAGCCGAGGCCGCGCCAUCCAGGCGCGGCCGACGUUCGUGGGCGCGCAAGAGGCAGGCAGCGCACACGUGCGCGCACCCGGGUUGCGGCAAGAGCUACACCAAGAGCUCCCACCUGAAGGCGCAUCUGCGCACGCACACAGGGGAGAAGCCAUACGCCUGCACGUGGGAAGGCUGCGGCUGGAGAUUCGCGCGCUCGGACGAGCUGACCCGCCACUACAGGAAACACACCGGGCAACGCCCCUUCCGAUGCCAGCUCUGCCCACGUGCUUUUUCGCGCUCAGACCACCUGGCUUUGCACAUGAAGCGCCACCUUUGAGCCCUGCCCUGGCACUUGGACUGUCCUGGGGAUUGGGGAUGGGACAAGGAGCCUGUUUGGUGGUCUCUUCACACGGACGCGCGUGACACAAUGCCGGGUGGUGUUCCCACGAAUGGACCCUCUCCUGGACUCGCUGUCCCAAAGACCCACCCAAAUACCAAAAACGGACCCAUAGACAGCCCUGGGGGAGCCUCCCACGGAAAUCCGACGAGUCUUCAGCCACAGGGAGCCACACAGACAUGUCCAAACUGUCAUGCAGACCCAGGGAGGCAGACCACCAAAUCAACGGGCUCAGUGGACACUCAGACCAGCUCCCAGAUGGCCCUGGACAGCAGGAGAGGGUGUGGGGUGAGGCUUCCCAGAGACCCUGGGUCUAGAAAGGGGCUCCUGAAGGUCCCUUAUUGUGGCUGAUAUUAACUGUCAAUGGUUAUGGGUCCUAUAAAAAUGCCCCUCCCAGAUAAA